AUGGCUCUCCCUGAAGAUGUGCUCAAGGCCUGGGAGGCUUGCGACCGAACUGACACCCUUUCGUUCUCGUCUGCUCCGUCUUCUGUAUGCUCCCGUUGGGGGAUCAUACCCGCAGUCGGCGUCGCUUACUCGGGCUACUGUACGCGCUCCAACAGCCUCGCCGCCUUCAUGCCCGCUGUUCUCGCUGUCACCGUGUGCUCCGUUCAAUGGUUCAUCAUUGGAUACUCUCUUGCCUACAGCGAAGGCAAUGCCAUUGUUGGAGACCUGACAUAUGUAUUCCAUAGUGGAGUGCUGGCCGAGCCCGUAGGAACCAUUCCCGCAAUUCUAUUCUCAUUCUUCCAGCUAGUGUUCCAAGCUACAGUCUGUGCAAUUGCUGUUGGAGGGGCAUGUGAGCGUGGGCGGCUGCUACCGCUUAUUCCGUUCAUUUUCCUCUGGUCAACAUUCGUAUACGACCCAUUAGCCCACAUGGUCUGGGGUGGCGGCUUUCUAGAAGACCUCGGUGUCCUCGACUUCGCAGGUGGCACCCCUGUCCACAUCAACUCCGGGGCGACUGCAACAGCCCUCUCCGUCUACCUUUCCUACCCACUCUUCCGUUCCCGCAAAUCUAGCACACGCACCCCAUCACAUCUCGUCCUCCACCGCCCCGUCAACUCCCUCUGUCAGGUCCUAGCCAUGAUCAGCAUCUGGGGCUCAUGGCUCGCUUUCGACGCUGGCACCACGCUAGCAUUCAACUUCAAAUCUGUGAUGGCGCUAUGCGUAACAAACCUCUGCGCUGCAUCUGGCGCUCUUACUUGGAUGCUGAUGACAUACUCAGAAGUUGGACGCUGGAGCCUAGACUCGUGCUUCAUGGGCGCAAUUUCAGGGCUCAUAAUGAUCACGCCUGCUGCCGGAUUCAUUGACAUACCCACAAGCUUCUUCUUUGGGAUCGCAGGUGCCGUCGUGUGUAGACAGGCGUUGAGGAUCAAGUUCACGGAGACAGCAAGACGGUGGAGGUGGGUUGACAACGGAGAUACAUUUGCUACGCAUUGCAUUGGCGGCAUCCUCGCUACAAUUGCAACGGGCUGUUUUGCAAGGAAAGAAGUCGCGGGAUAUGAUGGUGCUACGAAUAUUCCAGGCGGUGUGUUCUUCGAUGGAAAUGUGCGGCAAUUAGGCGUGCAGAUUGUGGAGGCCUUGGUGGGCUUCUUCUGGUCGUUUGUGGGAAGUUAUGUCAUCUACGCGUUGAUUGAUUGCGUCCCGGGAUUCGAAGUCCUGGCCGAGGACAUGGAUAUAAUUGCAGGCCUCGACGCUUCUCAGAUGGAUGAGGAAACACUGUGGAUGCCGAGUCAGAAGUAUUAUCCAUUUGCGGACAGGGAAGGUGACGUCCAUUUAGAUUGA